AUGUCUUUGUCUAGAAAAAGAAGGGCAGCAUCUGCUGCAUUGGCUUGCCUCUGUUACGUUGUCCUGUGGAUCACUGCUGGUGCCCAAAACUGUAACACGUUGAAAAACAAGGCUCGUUGGAAUAAUUUGAGACUCCCGAGAACUUUGGUGCCUCAUCUUUAUGAAGCAGUCAUCCAUCCCGACUUGGAAAGGUUGGAUUUCCGUGGUUGGUCCUGCGUGGAGGUGUUGGUGAACGACAACACUGAUUACAUCGUCAUGCAUGUUAAAAAACUCAACCUCAGCAACAUCGACGUGCGCUUCAAGGAUCGAAACGACUCGUUAGAAAUAAAAGAGCACGUGAUCUCAGAUGAGCGAGAACAGUUGCAGAUUGAACUGACUUCCCUCCUGUUGAAAGGUUCCAGACUGCUCAUCAACGUGUCCUUCCAUGCAGCUCUCAGAGAUGAUUGUAACGGCUUUUUCUUUGAUUCUUACAAAACGAAAAAUGGUGUAGAAAGAUUCAUGGCUGCCACACAGUUUGAAUCGAUACAAGCCAGAUCAGCUUUCCCAUGCUUUGACGAGCCAAACAUGAGAGCUCGAUUCAAGUUCAGCAUCAUCCGUCCAAAUAAUUACAUCUCGUUAUUCAACACGGAGAAGGUUUGGUGUGAUGCAGUUCUGAAUUAUUAUUCUUCCAACGAAACGAUGGACGUUUUUGAAACGACUGUCAAAAUGAGUACUUACUUAGUUGCAUUCGUCGUUUGUGACUACAAGUCGAAAUCCAAGAUAAACAAUGGAGUUAUAGUUAAAAGAAUUCAGGAGGUCGACUUAGCCCUUAACACAGUAGUGGAUUUGUUGGAAUAUUUUGAAACUCUCUACGAGGUCAAAUAUCCUCUGAAGAAACUUGAUAACGUGCCUGUCGUUAACUUCCAUUACGGGAGUAUGGAAAACUGGGGUAACAUAAUAUAUCAUGAAAGCUAUUUGCUUUUCAAUGCGGUGGAAGGAUCGGAGUCAGACAAGAUCGAUGUCGUUAUGGUGAUAGCGCACGAAGUGGCUCAUCAGUGGUUUGGCAAUUUGGUGACCAUGGAUUGGUGGGGUGAUUUGUGGUUGAAAGAAGGAUUUGCUACAUUUGCUCAAUAUUUCGGAGUCAAGCAUGUUUUCCCAGAUUGGCCUAUCAUGGAGGACUUUGCGUAUGAUGUUGCAAUGCAUGGUUUGACAACCGAUGCCGUGGAUUCGUCAACUCCCAUAAUCAUUUCAAUGGAUGAUACCAAAAAUAUUAUGGAACAUUAUAACGACUUAACCUAUUUGAAGAGUGCUUCCUUAAUACAAAUGUUAAAAACUGCAUUUGGUUCACAUUUGUUUAACACCGCUGUGAAGAACUACAUGAACAAGCAUCAGUUCGACUGUGCUAACAAAAACGAUUUGUGGGACUCAUUCAAUCAGCAGUUGGAUAGCAUGGAGAACAUCAACGUGAAAGAAAUGAUGGACACUUGGACUUUGCAGAUGGGUUUUCCAGUGGUCAGCAUAAUCAGGAAUGGUCGGCAAGUGACAUGCCACCAGGAGAGAUUUGUUAUCGUCGAUCACUCAAAAUUGGGCGACUUUGAAAUAAAACGUCCUAAAUUCAAUUACACGUGGAUUAUUCCUCUUACCUAUGUUACCGACACAAAUCCACACAACCAUUCGAAUGUUUUCAUGAAAGAAAAGACAAGUUUGUUUUUUCACAUUCACUCCAAUAAUAAUACCGAUAAUUAUAAUAUUUACAAAAACCCAGGUUUUUACAGAGUUAACUACGAUGCAAAUGGAUGGUCGGAAAUCAUAAAGCAGCUUAAAACCAAUCACAAUGUCUUCGACGUGUUGGAUCGAGGCAGUUUGAUAAAUGAUGUAUUUGCGCUUUUAAGCACGAACCUUGUGAACUUGAAUACCGCUUUUAAUCUUUCAUUGUACUUGGAGAAGGAAUUGAACUGUCAUCCAUGGAGGAUGAUGAUGGGUAACAUUUGGUAUACUAUCCAGAAGUUCUCAACACAUCCUAAAUAUCAUUUAUAUACGAAUUUUAUGAAAAAGUUGAUGACACCAGUUUUGAAAAAUCUUGGAUUUAAAGAGGAAGGAGAUUAUGAAGCAAAGUUGAUAAGACCACAACUGAUGACACUUGCCGCUCACAUGGGCUUUCCUGAGUACGUAGACUGGGUGCAGGAAUCGUUCAAACAACAGUUGUCAACUUUUUAUUUAUUUCUUCAAAGAUUGAGUCCUAAUCAAAGAGACAUUGUUUACAGCUAUGCGGUAAGAUACGGAGGUGAAAAGGAAUGGAACUAUGUGAUGAAUCUGGCCCUGGCUGACGACGCAUCGAGAAUAAAAUCUCUGUUAAAAUCUCUUACGCUCAGCAAAAACCUGUCGAACAUUGAAAAGUUGAUAGAUUUGGCGCUGAACAAAAGCCUGGUACAGAAUUGGGAAUGUUACAUCGUGUUGAUAAAUAUUAUUCUGAAUUCUAUUCAUCAAGAAUCGCUGUGGAAAUUGAUUACCAAAAAUUGGACUCAAAUUCACGAAAGGUAUUUUUUAUUAUUUUUCUAA